CUACAGUUGACAGGUGAAUGACACUCUGUGACGCAGAAGACUUGCUGUGAGAACGACGGCAUCGUGACCACGGCUGACUUGCAGCAGUACGAUAGCAGAGUGACGUAAGGGUCAACAAAAAUUCAAACAAAAUUCAAGAGGUAAACAUUUUGACUGAAGAGCACACCUCACCUUCGAAGCGGCGACACUCAACGCAGAUCUUCGAAAGUUCUAUAUGAAGAUGGCGGCGCCUCACUUCGUAGCACUUGACUACGUGGUGCUCAUGUGUUUUCUGGCGCUGUCGGCCGGCAUCGGCGUCUUCGUGGCAUGGCACGACCGCCGCACAAAGUCCAACAAGCACUUCCUGACGGGAAACAGGCAACUCAACUGGCUUCCCGUCUCCCUGUCCAUGAUGGCCAGCUACCUGUCCUCUAUCGGCAUCCUGGGACAGCCAUCGGAAGUGUUCCUGCGUGGUUCGAUGUUAUGGACGAGCGCCAUAUCUGCCACCGUGUCUAUCACUGUUGCUGCAUUCGUAUUUCUCCCCAUGUACUACAAGAUGGACAUCACAAGCAUCAACGAGUACUUGGAGAAAAGGUUUAUGUCAACUGUGGUCAGAAAUAUUGCAUCCGUCGUCUUUAUAAUGUCGACGCUUCUUUAUAUGGGUGUUGUACUUUACGGUCCUGCGCUGGCUCUUGGGUCAGUAACCGGCAUACCAGUGUGGUCGUCGAUCCUUCUCAAUGGUGUCGUAUGUACCUUCUACACAGCCAUAGGCGGCAUCAAAGCCGUGAUCUGGACGGACGUGGUUCAAAUGGUGCUCAUGUUCGCCGGAUACAUCAUGGUCAUCGCCUCGGGCUUGAAGCACUUGGGAGGCUUUGGAAAUAUGUGGAAGAUCGCCAGCGAUGGAGGCCGAGUCAUAUACACCAACUUCAGCACGAACAUGUACCAUACUUACACCACGUGGAACGUGCUGAUUGGCUACACCGUCAUCUGGAUGGUCACCUACUGUGCCAGCCAGACGCAGGUGCAGCGCUACUCCAGCAUGAAGUCACUCGAGCGGGCGCGAAGAGCGCUGCUCCUCAAUAUCCCUGGCGUCGCUGGAAACCUGAUCUUGUCCGUACUGUCUGGACUUACCAUCUACGCAGUUUACGGGAACUGCGACCCUAGGCUCACCGGAGACAUCAGCAAAGCAGACCAGCUGAUGCCGUACGCUGUGCAAGAUCUGCUACGAAAUUACCCGGGACUCAGCGGGCUCCUCGUGUCCGCUGUGCUCAGUGGCUCCCUCAGCACGCUUUCUUCAGGCUACAACGCCCUGGCAGCCGUGACUUGGGAUGACUUCGUUCGUCCUCGGGUCAGCGUGAGCGAAGUCGCCGCGCUCCGGCUCACGAAGCUGAUGGCUGCAGCUUACGGCUUUCUCUCCAUAUCCAUUGCUUUUCUCGUUGGUUCCAUGGAAUCUAUCAUUCAGGCCGCAUCAUCGCUGGUGGGCGCCCUGUCCGGCCCUCUUCUUGCCAUCUUCACCCUGGGAAUUUUCUUCCCGUGCUGCAGAAAGAAGGGUGCCAUUACGGGGUGUUUGGCAGCACUGGCCACAUCGUGGUGGCUUUCCCUGGGCUCCAUCAUGCAUCCGCGCGAAGCGGACGACUUGCCCACGUCGACCGCCGGCUGCGUUGACUUCAACCAAACCAUCACAGCGGGCUCGUUUGACCCACGACCUAUUCCCAGUGGCAUCAACCGCUUCUACCACAUCUCGUUCAUAUGGAUCGGCACCGUGGGAUUUACCACGCACAUGGUUGUGUCAUUGGUCAUCAGUCUGAUCUUCGAACGAAACGAGAAAGAAGAGGUGAACCCCAAGUACAUCUGCCCGUUUGUGCGCCGGUACAUGAGGAACUACGUCAAGAAGCUGAGCACCGAAAAUGUGCGCAAGGAGCCUUUGAUAACAAGGUUAAGUAAACACCCAAGAGAUAUAGUCUAA